AUGGUAGCCGCGAACCCAGAAACCAUCGAUGAGUGGUGGCGCAAGGCCGCUUCCAAGGAGGAGAAUCACGUAAAGCGCAUCACUCCCGACUUUUACACCUACGACAUCCCUACGGGACUCGCGUGGGAUCUUGUUCCCCAAAUCGAUGAGAGAAUCAUUUGGACCAACGUUUGCGAUUGGCUCAGCGCAAAUAUGACGACUGUCAGUCAACCUCAGAGAGCCGACGUUGUCAGCGGUGGAGCAUAUUACAUUCGCGCCAAGUCGAGGCCAGACUUCUAUUGGGUUGCCAGUGGUAAAAGCAAUGAGAAGGACCAUAUUUGUUUGUCGAAUCAAGGUCGUACUCGCUUCAUCUUCAAUAUUGAAAAUGACCGUGAAACCGACAAGAAAGGUACGGUAAUCAUUGGCAGCGACUUCAUUACCAUCACUGCUGUUGAUUCAAAGCACGUUGGUGUCAGCGAUACCGGUGCUCUACUCCUGCAGGCACACAGUGAACGCAUGGUCUAUAAAGAUCUCAAGAACAGGUUCCUCGCACAGGGGUGGUCAAGUGAUUACAACGAUGGGGCAUCGGUCACUGAAGUUGACGGCUAUGGUGAGGAAUGGGAGCUUGUUCAGUAG